UCAAAAUAAAAUUCUAAUUGUUUCUUGUGUUUUCGGUGAUAUAACUUGACCAAACUUUUCAGACAGGAUUUGCGCUCGUCUGGUUUUUUGUUUGACACGGGCUGCCCUGUCAGUGAACAGCACGCAGCAGUCAGUGUGUGUGGCAGCAGGGCUGAUAACACAUCAUGUGGAUGACAGUCGUGCUCCAGGUGGAUUUUUACACUCUUUAACAUCAAUCUGCCUUAAUUUGUCAGUUUUCAGCGUGCACAUCUGAAACUGCACAGUCCUUCACAAAAACUGUAACAUGCGUCCCGAUCAGUUAUUUACAGGAUCCCGGCACACAAAAGAUAUUUUAACAAAGUUGAGUUUCCAAUAUGGUAGGAGAGGUUGUUGUUGUUGAGCGGAUUGUUGUCAUGUCCCCGCAGUGCCUGUAGUGGUGCUGUGAUGAGUCUGCCUUGGACCCAACAAAAAUCCUAGGCAGCCUACCUACUGCUUGUAUUCGCUGUGGAUAGUCUAUUUUUACAUUCACCGUUAUUUUCAAGAGAAAUCCAACUCGAUGAAGACCAUCGCUAACAACCUAUCUGGACGAUCGAUGCGCAAAUAGCCUAGCUGAUUCUGUUAGACAUUUCAGCGGUCUGUCUGGAGCGAAUACCUUUGGCAGCCUAUACCAAUUCAAGCUGAUGUCAAGGACAAGAGUCACGUGAUGUAUGAAGGCAAACACAUACACUUCUCAGAGGUGGACAAUAAGCCGUUGUGCUCAUAUAGUCCGAAGCUGUGCAAACAGCGCAGACUAAAUGGGUACGCGUUCUGCAUCCGCCAUGUUCUGGAGGACAAGACGGCUCCCUUCAAGCAGUGUGAAUAUGUGGCAAAGUACAACAGCCAGCGGUGUACCAACCCCAUCCCAAAGUCUGAGGAUCGCAGGUACUGCAAUAGCCACCUGCAGGUUCUUGGCUUUAUACCGAAGAAGGAGCGGAAAAAGAAGCACGAUGCUUUGGAGGAGAUGCGCCCUCGAGCGCACUUGGAGUCAGUAGCUCUAAACAUAACUGUUCCCUCUUUAGUUCUGAAAGCUCCCAAUGGCAUUGAGGACCUUCCACCAUCUCCCCCCUGUGCACGUCUGUUACCCCUCCCCGACGGGGAGUUACUGGACCCUUUUGCCUUUUACGAGGAUGAUACAGAUGGGGACGAAGUGGGCCCUGCUCGAAAGGGCAGUGCUUUGAAGAAAAAACUACAGAGUCGGCUGAUGCACAAUCAGAAACUCUGUCAAGACGCCAAUUUCCAGCCACCUCCUGAGCACUUUACUCCCUCCCCCAUCCCCCGGGCGCAACCCUCGUCCCCUCUCAACACUCAUCUCCCGAGGCAUCAACCAGGUCUUCUCCAGCAGUGUCAGCACUCCAGCGCAACUUCCUUCACCUUCCCAGGGCAGCAGCAGGGUUUAUUAUGCAAUCCACCACCACCUCAGACGGUCAACUUUCUGCCUCCAGGGGUGCCUGCGAACGCAGCGCCCAGUCCAGGGCAACACGCCGGACCAUCGCUCGGCAGGAAAACGCCUUUCACCGCAACACAGUUGCCCAACUGCAAGGAUGACGGCAGCAACAAUCAGCAGCAUGUGGUCGUCAUGCGUCCAAAGGCCUUCACACCUCCGGUCAGCUGCCUGGUCAGGCUGCAACACCUGGUGCAGAUCUGUGCCAAGAGACAUCGAGAGCAUGGAGACCUCUUUCCUCAUCUCGGGUUGGACUGGUCGGAGGACAGUGGAGAUGAUGACAUCGAAGAAGCAGAGGGAUUCACUCCUUCUCAGGUGUUCAGGCCGCCAAACGGGUUGGAUGAAGACGGCGGGUGCUCGCGGAGAACGCGACUCCUGCGGCUUUGCUCGUACCUCCAGGAGAAAUACAAGCACAUGUGCCGGCAGGAGAGGGUGCGCAUUCGCCAGAAGAGAUACCGUUACGUCUUUCGCAAAGCCCUGCUGCACGCCGCCAGCAGCAACCCGGACUGUGCGGGGCAGCUGAUGCAGGAGUUGAACGGUGGAUCUCAAACCUCUACAUGUCUGUCUCCAACGAAGCGGCAGAGCUCAGAUCCAGGGACUUGCACCGGCAACACCAAAGGCCACACCUGCAGCAACAGAGCUCUGCCCUUCACUCAACACUGCUUUCAGCAUAUUCUGUCGAAUCGUUCCCAGCAGCUCUUUGCGAGCUGCACAGCCAAGUUUGCGGAUGGUCAGCAGUGCUCCAUACCCGUGUUUGACAUCACGCAUCAGACCCCCCUCUGUGAAGAGCAUGCCAAAAAGAUGGAUAACUUCCUCCGAGGUGAUGGAAACCGGCGAGUGCAACACCAGCAGCAACAGCGAAAGCCACGGAAAAAGACCAAACCGCCAGCACUCACCAAAAAACACAAAAAGAAGAGGAGGAGAGGGCCCCGGAGGCCCCAGAAGCCCAUCCCCCCAGCGCUGCCCCAGAACCUUGGAAUGCCCUUGUCGAGUCUGGCGAUGCCCUCGCACACCAGCGUCAGGAGUCCUUCAACUCCGGACCUGAGUGCGGACGAGCUUCCUGAUGAUAUCACCAAUGACAUCACAGACAUUCCAAAUGACCUCGAGCUAAACCACGAGGAUUUCUCCGACGUGCUGCCGAGACUACCUGAUGACCUGCAGGACUUUGAUCUGUUCGAAGGUAAGAACGGGGAGCUGCUGCCCACCACGGAGGAAGCAGAGGAGUUGGUACGAGCUCUGCAGGCAAUGGGCUCCUACCCGGACUCGCUGGUGUGCCUGACCUCCAUCGGAGAUCUUGCGGCGGCGGCCGAAGGCGUGGACCACAGAGCAAUGCCUGUGUUCCCCGGGCCGGUGCAGCAAGGAGGCAUCGGUGAUCUGCUCCACAGCCGCAUCCCCGCCGAGAACUUCACCGCCCUCGAGUUGGAGGACAAUCUCCUGCAGUCGACUGGCGACCACUUUCCCCCAUCGCCGCCAUCUCAACCCCCCAACCACCCCCCGACCAUGUGCUCCAGCCUUACCUCCUCUUCCCCUGCCAUCGCCCCCUCCACCACCUCCCUGCUCACCCAGACCUCGCUAACGGAACAAACGUUUUCUCGGACAAAAGCAUCCCACGUCCUGGCGAAACCGGAAACCUCCACCUCCUCCCCGCAAGGCAGUCACUACAGCGGGGAGCACGUGUCGCCCCCCCCCAGUGACCACAUCUCUUCCCCCCAUACCGGCUCCUUCCAGACAGACGCCCCGCUUCUGCUGGAGGUCCCUCUCAGCGGCGUACCGGGGCCCCCGCGGUCAAUGUGGAACAACCUCCCCCUCCCCCUCACCGAUCCCACCCAGUUUGGCAGCCUCAUCUCCACUGCUCUGUCCACCCCCCCUGCAACCAGCCACUCUGUGGCGCUGCAGCCCAUGCCUGCCCUCUCAGCGAUGCCCCAGAGUGCCAUGACAGGUCUAACAGCCCCCCCCACGCCUUCGUCCUCACUCCCAUCCUCCUCGCACGACCUGCUGACCUCCACGCAGCCCAAGCAGCAGCUCCCUCAGUUCAGCGCGGCCUUUGGCCAUCAACUGGCCUCCCACAGUGGCAUCCCAAAAGACGUUCAGCCCAGCCAUAGCUCCACGGCGCCGCCUGCUGGCUUCUCCAUCGUUGGCGCCACCGCUGCAAGUGCCAACAACGCCACACCGCCCUUCACACAAAGCAAAUGAGGACGGCGAGGCGUUGCAGCGUGGACCCAACAAUCCAGCAGCGUGCCUCCGACUCCGACCGUGUGCGCAGCGUGGUUCCGGUGCACUAUGUGACAAUGAGUUUGCACAACGUUCCUCAACAUUUUCCACUUGUUUUCCCCUCCGCACCCUUUUUCCCAGUCGGAGCGAGCUCACCUGUUCGGAGCCCUGCGUGUUGGCCGGCGUGGUGGAAAAUCCCCGGAGGGACCCCAGCGAGACCACGCAGUUCCUCAGAGAUCAUAGAAACCUGGAAUCAUUGGAAAGACGUCAGCUGAACCAUGCCUUGCUCAGAUUUUUAAAAAGUGUUCGUUUCACCACCCGCUUCACAAACUGUUGGGACAUUUUUGUAACCCCCCCUCCUCCCCUCCCCCAUAAAUGUUUUAAAGCUGUAUACCUGUUAUCAUAAUAUAGAGUCAAGAUUUCAGCCGUAUGAAUUUACCAAAAUACUUUUAAACAGCCAAUUUUAUAUUCUAUGUGGUGUAAGUGCUCAUUUAUCGUCAAAAAUCUCAGACCUCACCAUUGCUUGUGGCCCUCUGAGCAGCCUAGUAGACACUUGAAGGUAAAUCUACGUUCUUAAAGCAAUAAACACACCAUCCUAGAGUAUUGUGAGGCGUCAUCACACGCUGAAACCAGCCGCUCUCCCUUAUUGGCCGCUCUGAUUUUUUUCACUCAGACCGACCCCCUCCCUUCCUCACGCCAGCAGACUUUUGGUUUUUUUUAUUUUGUUUUUUUUCUUAGAAAUGCAGAAUGAGCUUCAGUGUUACGGUGAGGACGGCGGUGGCACAAGUGCAGGGAUGUUUUCAGUGUCUACUCUCAAAGGUGCUCUGUGCUCCACACGUACAAUGGUUUCUCAGUGGCUUACAUGUUAAAAAAAGCUCAGUCAACCCGAGGAGGCGGGGCUUAAGCUGUUGCUUGGAAGUAUAUAUUUUAACUCAUGCUAUAAACUGGUGGGUUUUUUUGUUUUUUUUUGCACGUCUGAAGUAAAGCACUGUCUCUUUUUUAAGCUCACUUCUAAAGUGAUUGUUUUUUUAAGCUACAUGAAGCAAAUCUGGGGUCUUUAACUUAGGGAAGCGAGGCUCCUCCUAACUCGCACAGCAGUACAACCAUGGCUUUUGAUAGACAUUAGACAGAUCAUAAGACGAUGUUGAAUAUUAGAUAUAUAGAAUAGAAGUCUCUAUCUUGGGGUUUGUUGGUGAUUUCUUGAGUAGCGAUGGGUUGAAAUUGUUUUUUUCUUCUUCAAUGUAAUCAGUGGAACCCGCGUCUUGUUGGAUGGAUCUGUUUUUUUUAAUGGCUAUCAAGUGAUUGUCGGAAGGAUCACUGUUUGUUUGUUUGUUUGUUUGUGUGUUGUUUCUCUUUGUCCUUAAUAUUAUUAUUCUGUGGGACGAGUUUUUUUUUUUUUUGAUAGCCAUUAAAGAAGACUUGGGAGACGGCAUGGCACAGCACCCGUGUGUGUGUGAGAGUGUUUUUAUCUGAAAACAUCAUGGUUACUGACCUGUUUCUCGUUUUAUUUUGGAAGCUACACUGAUCAGUAUGACUUUUUGGAUCUAGUUUUGCACAGGAGUGGAAGAGGCUGCUGAUGUUUCACAUGCCCCAUGUUUGAUUUGCCUUUUUUUUUUUUUUUUUUGACCCCCGUCUGGAUGGACUCACAUUUGACGAACAGCUGCCAUCAUUACUAGCUCUAAGCAUGCCCCCUCCGCCCAUCUCCAGCUGUUCGGAGGCCCGGUUCUGUUUCUCCCAAAGGAGAAAACAGAAGUGCAGACCUAUGGCUCCACAGGAAGAGGCGGGGCUUCUUACUUGCUGCAGCGCUAUUGGAAUAAACAGUGAAGAGACUGGAAAGGGAUGUUUGAGAUGAGGCAAUACUGCUGUAAGUCACUGCACCAGUUUGAACCCCCUCCCCCAAAGAACAAAAGCUCACAGGGCUCAUAGGCACAGGUCACUGCUUAAGAGAUGGCUAACAAAUUCCUAUACUCAUUGAAUGUACUGUAUUAGUGUUUUUAAGGAUAGGAUGAGCUAACCGAGUCACCUUUUGUUAUCUGGUCCUUGUUUAUUUGUCUAAGGUAUUUUUUGUAUACAAAAGUUUACAUUUUUAUGUAUAUUUUUCUUGUGUACAAAUUAUGUAAUAAGUGUACAAACACUGUACGUAAUAUCUGUAUAUAGUGUGAGAAAAUUGAUCUUUUGUUUUUGGAUGUAUAAAUAAAAACUUGCUGUGAGGUAAUGAA